UCAGGCUGUAUGAUGCUACUGCUGCUGCUCUCUGCUGCCAUUUCAUCAGUGCCGAUUAGCUCCAAACACUCAGCAAACGCAGAAGUGGAUCCCCCCUUCCUCUUCAUCCGAACAGCCUGCCCCUCCUCAGACGGCUGAGAGCAAACUGAGAGCAGGGGGUCAGUUCGGACGAGGCUCCGCGUACAGGAGCUGGAUCCGUCUGUUUUUAAUGAAACUGCACCUGCUCUAAAUGCGCUCCUCUCACGGUUGUCCAGCGGGGCCUGGCCGUAAGAAAGGAACAUAUCUGGACUCCAGGGGCCUGCUUUAGUCGAACCAGCCCGUGUGUGUGCGUGUGUGUGUGUGUUAUCGCGCUUUACGGAGUCCCGUUUUGCGGCCUGAGCAUCGAUCCAGUCAGACUUGUCGGUGCCAUGGAGCUCUCAUCGGCCUGGUGCUGAACAGGCGGGAGAGGAAGAGCAACAACUCCGGCCUAAAGCGGGCCCAUUUCUCUCUGCAAGCAGCUCGCGCUGACGCACGCGCAUCUCGGGCGCUCACACCUCAGCAGCUCGCGGAGACACGCAGUCAUGGAGGCCAUAUGGCUCUACCAGUUCCGCCUCAUCGUCAUCGGAGACUCCACGGUGGGCAAGUCGUGUCUGAUCCGGCGGUUCACGGAGGGUCGCUUCGCCCAGGUGUCCGACCCCACCGUGGGCGUGGAUUUCUUCUCCCGGCUGGUGGAGAUCGAGCCCGGGAAGCGGAUCAAGCUGCAGAUCUGGGACACCGCGGGGCAGGAGCGCUUCAGGUCUAUCACCAGAGCUUACUACCGCAACUCUGUGGGCGGGCUCCUCCUCUUCGACAUCACCAACCGGCGCUCCUUCCAGAAUGUCCAUGACUGGCUGGAAGAGGCCCGCAGCCACGUCCAGCCGCACAGUAUCGUGUUCCUGCUGGUGGGCCACAAAUGUGACCUGGAGGCACAGCGCCAGGUGACCCGGCAAGAAGCAGAGAAACUGGCUGGGGCGUACGGGAUGCGCUACAUCGAGACGUCCGCUCGUGACGCCAUCAAUGUGGAGCACGCCUUCACUGAGCUGACCCGGGAGAUCUUCGCUUUGGUUCGGUCCGGCGAUAUCACUAUCCAGGAGGGCUGGGAGGGCGUGAAGAGCGGCUUCGUGCCCAAUGUGGUUCAUUCAUCAGAGGAGGUGACCAAGAGUGACCGUCGCUGCCUCUGUUGAUCUGGGAAGAACAUGGAUGAUGGAAAUGAUGAUGUGAAAAGGAGUGGAUGCCAAGUGGAAUGGCUGAUGGACUGAAGUGUCAGCCAUCUGAAUGGAACUGUUGAUAGCCCUUCGGUUCUACUUCCUUCAGACUGGAUACAGAUUUGGACGGGUGAGAAAAUUCUAUGAAGAUGCUGGUUCUUGGUGUCAUUGAACCUCAUAAUAAUAGAUGGAAGACUUAAAGGGAUGGAUCCAUUUCUGUACAUGUUUUGUUUCUCAGAAGGAAAUGGUCAAAGUUAUUUUUGGUGGCUCCUUUGACUGAACUGCCUUCCCAGAAAGUCUCACAAAGGCCUUAGAUACCAGAUCUGUUGUGAUUACUUUUUUGUUUUUAUUUUGCCCUCUACCUCUCCUUCCAUUAAUCACUUCUCAAUAUGCAAUUUUAUGAUCACAUAAACAAGAUUACAACUUUCUUUGGUCAUCUCUUCUAAAACACCAUAUAACUGGCAUAAUUAUGGCAGAUUAUACCAUUUCUAUUCAAGUUUUUUCUCCUUUGCUGACAUGUUGCUUCACAUUCCAGAAAUCAAUAGAGGAGUCAUGGAGGCCUAAAACACAUCCUAGACCUAUCAUUUUACAAAAAUUUAUAUUGCCUUGCAAAAGUAUUCAUACCCCUAAACCCUUUUUUUUUUUUUUACUUAUUCUCACCUUACAACCAAAAACAUAUAUGUAAUUAUAUUUGGAAUUUGUGCAAUAGUCCAAGAUAACCUAGGAUAUAACCUAGGAUAUAACAUUGAAGUGGAAGUGAAAUGGUUUUUAACCCAUUUUAGAAAUAAAAUGAUACCCCCAACUAAAAUCCAGUGUCAUCCACCUUAACAGACAGGCCUUGCGAGAAAAGUAUUAAUCAGAAGAACAGCCUAGAGGCACAUUGUAACUUUGGAGAAGCUCCAGAGAUCCUUAGCCUAGGUGGGAUAAUGUGUUGAUAAGACAACUAUUAGUAGUGCAGUGCACUAAGCUGGCCUUUUUAUAAGAUGGGAAAAAAGGCCAUUGUAAAAACACAGCCACAAGUAGUCCAAUUUAAAGUUUGUCACAAACAAUGUAGUGGAUAUAAAAAACAUGGAAGGUGUUCUGGUCAGAUUAGAUCAAAAUUAAACGUUUACACCUACAUGCAGAUCCAUGGUGAUGGCAGUAUCAUGCUGUUGGUAUACUUUUCUUUCACAGGGACAGGGACGCUGUCCAGGGUCAAUGGAGAGAUGAAUGAAAUAAAGGGGAACCCUGGAAGAAAACCUUUUAGAGAGAAUGCAAAAGAGACUAGGCAGUUGUGUAUUAGAUUGGCCCAGUCAAAGUUCAGACCUAAAUCUAAUGCAUAAUCUGUAGCUAGACUUAAAAAUUGAUGGUGACAGGCAUUCUUCAUUCAAACUACCUGAACAUGAAUGAAGAAUGGGCAAACAUUUCAAUCCAACAAUGGCAGAGACAUUCUGCAAAAGAUUUGCUGCUGUAAUUGCAGCAACGCGGGGUUAAUUGCCUUGUCCAGGCACACAUCAGUAUGUGAUGUGAAAGAAGCUGGAAUGAAACCCACAACUUUCAGACUGCAAGGCAACUCCUUUCCUUACUAAGCCACAGUUGCCCACAAAGUGUGUACUUGAAUACAAGUACACACACAUUUAAGAUUUUUGUUUGAACAACAUUUUAAAAAUGUGUCCCUUUCCUUCCACUUCACAAUUAUGCACUAUGCGGUGUUGGUCUGUCACAUAAAAUCCCCGUACAAUAGAUAUAGUUUGUGGUUGUAACUUUACAAAAUGUGAAAAGAAUUUAGUGGGUAAAAAACACUUCUGCAAAGCACUGAUAUAGGACCUCCAGUAAGCUCAAUGACAUUGACCUGGUCACAUCUACAUUCAGUGUCACUCAAUAACAUGGAGCAUCCCUAUUGGACUUUUACCGCAGGAAGACAAGUGUACAGCUGAAAUAAUCAAGGUGAAGUUGUGGACUCAUGUCUGUUUCAUUGAACACAGAAUGUGGAUUUGUGGAACUUUCUCUGAGUUUGUUGGAACAGCAAAGCACCUUAAAAGUCAAGUACACAGAGAAAGAUUUAUUUGUUAUAUUUCAGUUCUUCAAGGCCAAACUAACAGAGGUGGACUACAUCACAUAAAAAGACACUCGAUGAAUGGACUCCAUGGAAACACUACAUAACCAACGAUGCACGCUUAGGAAAGAAGGAAAACUAGUCCAAUAUGAUCAAGCAAAGAAAGUCAACCCACCCGACACGAUUCAUAGCCAUACCACAAGGUUCAGUUCUGUUGGUCAUAUUGCCUUUUCUUUAAUCUGUGAAAAUGCAGUUACAUAUACCUUUUAUUUAGAUUAAGUUCAACCCUGCAGUUUUAUCUCACUGCUGUAACAUUACAAGUGAGGUACACAGUAUAAAAUGGCCAUAAGAGAAGACUUGAACUGGUUUAAAUGUGGUUUUUAUGUCACAGAUUUCAAACUUUAUCUUUACCUAAAUUUGAUGAUUAUAUUUCAAGAUGCAUUCCAACCCCUGACAUGAAAAUUAAAGAAAUAAUGCUCA